AUGACGUCGCGGUGUUUAUUUCCGCGCGUGCGACUCGGACGAGGGGAGGGGGAGCCGCCCGAUGACGUGGCGCGAAGAGCCCGCCCGCCCGGGCGCCUAGCGGAGCGCUGUCCCCCGGGUGUUUCCCGCCCGCCGCCGGCGUGCGCUGCGAUUCCGCGCGCAAAGCCAGCCCCGACGUCCGGGAGGGCCCAGUCUAGGGUCUCCGCUUGUGCGCAAAAGGACCGGGAGACGCCUUUUUUGAAUCAGUGGUCGCUGCAGACGCAUCCAACCUUCACACACCUAGCGUGA